UGAUUGUGGAAACGAGUGAGCUCGAGUGAGCAGGGUCAUCUCAGGUGAUGCUCAUCUGCUCUUUGCUCUCUUCUUUUCCUGGCAACCUGCCUCUGACCAGAGCGUCAGAGCGGUUUCCACCAGAGGGCAAAUGGACAACUGCGCAGCCCAGCAGGACCAAAGAGAAGGACGGUGGCGAGUGUUCCUGCAAAUGCGAAACCGUCAUUGAAUCAGUGCUUAUGCCUUUGGCUCGCCACUAUGUGGCAACGGGCAAUGCUUCCUGAGCCUUCUACUACCUGCUGGAGUGUGCGGCUGCCUACCUGCACGUCUCCAACAGCUACAUGGCCCUUAUGAAGCUCAAUGAAGCAGAGGUCCUGAGGAACUCCAUGGGGAAGACAGCAACUGUGUUAGACUGCUUUGAGGAGGCGACCUUCUUCAGCCUCAAAGCGGAGGUCUGCUGUAAUCUAGGACGCGUGGGGCUGGCCAAGAAAAUGACCAGGCAGGUGCUGAGCCUUCUGAAAAAGCGUCCUCAGACACACUCCGGAGUCUUUGUCAAGUCUCUGUGGGAAAGGUUUCAGGGUGCUCUUUGUGACACAAACAGAAGAACACCCUCUCUUCUGCUAGAGGCUCGGAGGAAGAAGCUAGCCUGGAUGCUUCAGCAGACCCGCUGCCUCUCCUUACUGGGGCACCUCUACAGCCUGGAGGGCACAUCAGGAGGACGGAGGUUCUCCCGCCUGGCAGCUCUCAUGAAAGCCAACGUGGACAGGAGAAUGGACUCCUCUCAGGAAGAAGACUCCCACCCCGAAAACUGCCUUUCCAUCCCUGCUUUUCUCAGUGUGUCUUAGUAAAACAUCUGUUCUCUUAUGGUGGUGGUUGUCAGGCCUUGCCAGGGAAGGUUCAGGUUGGAAAUAAGAAGAAAGUUCUCAGAAAAGGAGAGCUUGCUCCCCCAGCAAGAGACGCGGGGCACUGAAGCAGGCCCGUCAGCACAAGCUGCCUUACUGGGGAGGUGGUCUGAAGGCUCCCUCGGUACCUGUGUGGGCACCUGGAGAGAGACAGCAUGAGCAGGAUGGGAUGUUGGAAGCUGCCAUAGUGCAGAGCGAGCAGAGGAGGGGAGGGCCACGGUGGGGGGGGGCGUUCCAGAG